AUGACCGAAACAGCCAGCAGCGCGCCCCGAAAUGGCGUCGUUGUGCCCCAGAACAAUGGCAAGCAGACAUACGCCGAGCUGCACCAAAUCGCAGACCACUUCAUUGGAGGCAACAAAUUAGAGAACGCGAAGGACUCGAAAGUAAAGGACUUUGUUGCUGCAAACGACGGGCACACAGUCAUUACGAAUGUCCUGAUUGCCAACAACGGUAUUGCUGCCGUCAAGGAAAUCCGAUCCGUUCGAAAAUGGGCGUACGAGACAUUCGGCGACGAGCGAGCCAUCCAGUUCACAGUUAUGGCUACCCCUGAAGACUUGCAGGCCAAUGCAGACUACAUCCGAAUGGCAGACCACUACGUCGAAGUGCCUGGCGGCACCAACAACCACAACUACGCCAACGUGGAGCUGAUCGUGGAUAUUGCUGAACGGAUGAACGUCCAUGCAGUUUGGGCAGGCUGGGGCCACGCCUCAGAGAACCCGAAACUACCAGAGUCGCUGGCUGCCUCUCCAAAGAAGAUUGUCUUCAUAGGACCUCCCGGCUCUGCGAUGCGCUCCCUCGGUGACAAGAUCUCCUCUACAAUUGUCGCACAACACGCCGAAGUGCCAUGUAUCCCAUGGUCUGGCACUGGUGUUGACGAAGUUACUGUCGACGAUGGCGGUAUCGUGACCGUGGCCGACGAUAUUUACAUGAAAGGCUGUGUCCAGUCCUGGCAGGAGGGUCUGGAGAAGGCUAAGCAGAUUGGCUUCCCCGUCAUGAUCAAGGCUUCCGAGGGUGGUGGUGGCAAGGGUAUCCGAAAAGCUCUGAGCGACGAUGGUUUCGAGCAGCUUUACAAGGCUGCGGCAAGCGAGAUCCCUGGCUCUCCCAUCUUCAUCAUGAAGCUUGCCAGCAGCGCCCGGCAUCUGGAAGUUCAGCUUCUUGCUGAUCAGUACGGCAACAACAUUUCACUGUUCGGCAGAGAUUGCUCAGUCCAAAGGCGUCACCAAAAGAUCAUUGAGGAGGCACCUGUCACAAUCGCCAAGGCUCAUACCUUCAGGGCCAUGGAGGACGCCGCAGUCAGACUCGGCAGGCUUGUCGGAUAUGUCUCCGCAGGUACCGUCGAAUACCUUUACUCCCAUCAUGACGACAAGUUCUACUUCCUCGAAUUGAACCCUCGUCUCCAGGUUGAGCAUCCCACCACCGAAAUGGUCAGCGGUGUCAACCUGCCUGCUGCUCAGCUUCAGAUUGCCAUGGGUCUUCCUCUGCACCGCAUCCGCGAUAUUCGACUGCUGUACGGCGUGGACCCCAAGGCUGCGACAGAAAUCGACUUCGAAUUCAAGAACGAGGCCAGCGCCAAGACACAGCGACGACCUACUCCCAAAGGUCACACCACUGCUUGCCGUAUCACCUCUGAAGACCCUGGUGAGGGCUUCAAGCCCUCUAACGGUGUCAUGCACGACCUGAACUUUAGGAGUAGCUCAAAUGUUUGGGGUUACUUCUCCGUCAGUACUGGCUCCGGUAUCCACAGUUUCUCCGACUCGCAAUUUGGCCACAUCUUUGCCUACGGUGAGAACCGGCAAGCUUCGCGAAAGCACAUGGUUGUCGCCCUCAAGGAGCUGAGCAUUCGAGGUGACUUCCGAACCACCGUCGAGUACCUCAUCAAGCUCCUGGAGACGGAGGCUUUCGAGGACAACACCAUCACCACUGGCUGGCUUGACGAGCUCAUCUCGAACAAGCUCACGGCCGAGCGACCCGACUCAACCUUGGCUGUGGUCUGCGGUGCCGUCACCAAAGCGCAUAUUGCUAGCGAGCAGUGCUUCGCUGACUACAAGGCUGGUCUGAACAAGGGUCAAGUACCCUCCAAAGACAUCCUCAAGACGGUAUUCCCUGUGGACUUCAUCUAUGAAGGCUACCGCUACAAGUUUACCGUGACGCGGUCAAGCAUGGACAGUUACCACCUCUUUAUCAACGGCUCCAAGUGCUCCGUCGGCGUGCGUGCUCUCAGUGAUGGUGGACUGCUCAUCCUCCUUGAUGGGCGCAGUCACAGCAUUUACUGGAAGGAAGAGGUUGGGGCCACUCGGGUGUCUGUCGACAGCAAGACCUGUUUGCUGGAGCAGGAGAACGACCCUACUCAGCUCCGGUCGCCCAGCCCCGGAAAGCUCGUUUCCUACUCGGUCGAGAACGGCGAGCACGUUACCGCUGGCCAAAUCUUCGCCGAGGUUGAGGUCAUGAAGAUGUACAUGCCGCUUGUGGCUGCAGAAGACGGAGUGGUGCAGCUCAUCAAGCAGCCGGGUGCCACUCUUGAGGCUGGUGAUAUCCUGGGCAUACUCGUCCUCGAUGACCCCAGCCGUGUCAAGCAGGCUCAGCCUUUCCUUGGCCACCUGCCUGAGUUCGGUCCCCCAAUGGUGGCCGGUGAUAAGCCUGCCCAGCGAUUCUCCAAGCUCUACGACACCCUUGGCCACAUUCUCGAGGGCUUUGACAAUACUGUUGUCAUGCAGUCAACGCUGAAGGAACUUAUUGAGGUGCUCAGAAACCCUGAAUUGCCCUACAGCGAGUGGAACGCCCAGUUCUCAGCCCUGCACAGCCGUAUGCCACAGAAACUGGAUGCACAGUUCGCCCAACUUGUCGAGCGUGCCAAGCAGCGCAAUGCGGAAUUCCCUGCCAAAGCUCUCGCUCGUGCCUUCCAGAAGUUCUUGGACGACAAUGUUGCGCCCAAUGAUGCGAACACGCUUCGAACCACACUUGAGCCUCUCACUACUAUUCUCGAUCUCUACAGCGAGGGCCAGAAGGUCCGUGAGCUCAAGGUCAUCGCGGAUAUUCUGGAAAAGUAUUCCGAGGUGGAGCGCUUGUUUUCUGGCAAGAAGCAACAAGACGAAGAAAUCAUUCUUGCACUUCGAGACGAAAACAAGGAAGAUGUGUCAAAGGUCGUCACAACUGUCCUUUCUCACAGCCGUGUUACCGCCAAGAACAACCUUAUUCUUGCCAUUCUCGAUGUCUACCGUCCCAACAAACCAAACGUGGGCAACAUUGCCAAAUACCUGCGGCCCGUGCUGAGGACACUGGCGGAUCUCGAGUCCCGUCAGACAGCCAAGGUUUCUCUCAAGGCGCGAGAGAUCCUCAUCCAGUGUGCUCUGCCGUCGCUCGAGGAGCGAAAAGCGCAAAUGGAGCACAUUCUGCGGUCUUCCGUCGUCGAGUCCAAAUAUGGCGAGUCCGGUCUGGACCAUCGCAACCCUGCCUUGGAUGUGCUCAAGGAAGUCGUUGACUCCAAGUACACGGUCUUCGAUGUGCUGCCUCAAUUCUUUGCCCAUGAGGACGCUUGGGUGGGAUUGGCUGCCCUGGAGGUCUACGUGCGCCGUGCGUACCGUGCGUAUGUGAUCAAGCAGAUCGAGUAUCACUCAGACGAGACGGAUAACCCGUGCUUUGUCUCCUGGGAUUUCGUGCUUAGGAAGAUCGGCCAGUCAGAGCUCGGUUUGCCUAUCGAGUCGGCUGCGCCUUCGUCCCCGGCCACUCCCGCCACUCCCGGCAGGAGUGACUACGGUUUCGGACGCAUCAACUCCAUCAGCGAUAUGUCGUACUUGACUCGCAAGGUCGGAGAAGAUGCCGGGCGGCGCGGCGUCAUUGUUCCCUGCAAGUACAUGGACGAUGUCGAGGAUCUGCUUGCCAAGGCUCUCGAGAUCCUCCCCCUCUCCCAAAAGAGCCAGGCAAAGAAGAGCAGUAUCAUUCCUGAUUUGAGCGGAAAGAGGAAACCUCCCGUCCGUCGUGACUCUCAGGACGAACUUUCAAACGUGGUCAACAUCGCUGUCCGUGACUGUGAGAGUGGGAAUGAUGCCGAGAACUUGGCCCGUAUUGCGGACAUCAUGGAGCAAUUCAAGAGCGAUCUCGUCGCUCGCGGUGUCCGCCGUGUCACCUUCAUCUGCGGACGUUCCGACGGCUCUUAUCCCGCCUACUAUACCUUCCGUGGCCCUACUUACGAGGAAGACGACAGCAUCCGACACAACGAACCAGCACUGGCCUUCCAGCUGGAGCUGAAUCGGUUGUCCAAGUUCAGAAUCAAGCCCGUCUUCACCGAGAACAAGAACAUUCACGUGUACGAGGCCGUCGCCAAAGAGAAUGAGGCUGACAAGCGCUACUUCACACGUGCGGUCAUUCGACCCGGCAGACUUCGUGACGAGAUCCCCACGGCUGAGUACCUGAUCUCCGAGGCGGAUCGAGUCAUCAACGAUAUCUUCGACGCUCUGGAAAUCAUCGGCAACAACAACUCUGACUUGAACCAUCUGUUCAUCAACUUCACGCCCGUUUUCCAGUUGCACCCCCGCGAGGUUGAGUACUCUCUCCAAGGUUUCCUUGAUCGAUUCGGACCACGAGGAUGGCGUCUCCGUGUCGCACAGGUCGAGAUCCGCAUUAUCUGCACGGAUCCCACCACUGGCACGCCAUACCCGCUGCGUGUCGUCAUUACCAACACCUCUGGAUUCGUUGUCCAGGUUGAGGUAUAUGCUGAACGCAAGUCCGAGAAGGGUGAGUGGGUCUUCAACUCUCUUGGUGGCACCACCAAGAUAGGGGCAAUGCACUUGCUACCAGUUUCUACACCCUACCCAACCAAGAACCAGCUGCAGCCCAAGCGGUACAAGGCUCAUCUUAUGGGCACACAAUAUGUGUACGAUUUCCCUGAGUUGUUCCGUCAGGCCAUUCAGAACUCCUGGGCCGAAGCCGUUAAGGUCACCCCUGCGCUUGCAGAGAAGCAGCCCCCCGUGGGCGACUGCAUCGACUACAGCGAGCUUGUCCUUGAUGACACCGACAAGCUUGCUGAGGUAUCUCGUGAGCCGGGUACCAACACCCACGGUAUGGUUGGAUGGCUUAUCAAUGCCCGCACACCUGAGUACCCUCGUGGCCGGAGGUUUGUGUUGAUCUCCAACGAUAUCACCUACCAGAUUGGUUCUUUCGGUCCCAAGGAGGACCACUACUUCAACAAGUGCACUGAGCUGGCACGCAAGCUUGGCGUACCCCGUAUCUACCUGUCUGCCAAUUCUGGUGCUCGUCUUGGCGUUGCGACCGAGCUUAUGUCUCACUUCAAAGUCGCGUUCAACGACCCCAACAAGCAGGAGGCUGGCUUCAAAUACUUGUACCUUGAUGACGAAGCGAAGAAGCGUUUCGAGAGCUCGGUCAUCACAGAGGAGAUUGUUGAAGACGGUGAGAAGCGUCACAAGAUCACUACCAUUGUCGGCAAAGAGGAUGGCCUGGGUGUUGAGUGUCUCCGUGGCUCUGGUCUCAUCGCCGGUUCUACUAGCCGUGCUUACAACGACAUCUUCACUUGCACCCUCGUUACAUGCCGCUCUGUUGGUAUUGGUGCCUAUCUUGUCCGCCUUGGUCAACGUGCUGUCCAGGUCGAGGGUCAACCGAUCAUCCUCACGGGUGCUCCCGCCCUCAACAAUCUGCUCGGCCGUGAGGUUUACACUUCCAAUCUGCAGCUUGGUGGAACCCAAAUCAUGUACCGCAACGGUGUGUCCCACAUGACCGCCGAGGACGACAUGGCUGGUAUCUCCAAGAUUGUCCAGUGGAUGUCCUUCGUGCCUGACAAGCGCAACAACCCUGUUCCGAUUGCGCCCAGCGCCGAUACGUGGGAUCGGGAUGUUGUUUUCACCCCCGUUCCUCGACAACCGUAUGACGUGCGCUGGAUGAUUGCUGGUAAGCAGGACGGAGACGACUUCCAGCCAGGCUUGUUCGAUAAGGACUCUUUCGUCGAAACCUUGGGAGGCUGGGCACGCACUGUUGUCGUUGGUCGAGCUCGCCUUAGCGGCAUCCCCAUGGGUGUCAUUGCUGUCGAGACCCGGUCCAUUGAGAAUGUCACACCAGCUGACCCUGCCAACCCCGACUCCAUUGAGCAGGUCAGCCAAGAGGCUGGUGGUGUCUGGUACCCGAACUCGGCUUUCAAGACUGCUCAGGCUAUCAACGAUUUCAACUACGGUGAACAACUGCCUCUCAUGAUCCUUGCGAACUGGCGUGGUUUCUCUGGUGGUCAGCGCGACAUGUACAACGAGGUGCUGAAAUACGGUUCGUUCAUCGUGGAUGCUCUCGUCAAGUACGAGCAACCCAUCUUUGUGUACAUCCCUCCCUACGGCGAACUGCGUGGAGGGUCUUGGGUCGUUGUCGAUCCUACCAUCAACCCCACUGCCAUGGAGAUGUACGCCGAUGUCGAGGCUCGUGGUGGCGUCCUGGAGCCCGAAGGUAUCGUCGGUAUCAAGUUCCGUAAGGACAAACAGCUCCAGAACAUGGCACGCAAUGACGCCGUGUAUGCUUCCCUCAAGAAGAAGCUGGCUGAGUCGCAAGCGAACAAUGCCAGCAAGGAAGAGCUGGAAGCCAUCCAUAAGGAGAUCCUUGCCCGUGAGGAACUGAUCCUGCCCGUCUACACCCAGAUCAGUCUGCAGUUCGCCGACCUGCAUGACCGAUCGGGACGCAUGAAGGCCAAGGGUGUGAUCCGGGACCAACUUGAAUGGGUCAACAGCCGUCGCUUCUUCUACUGGCGUGUGCGCAGAAGACUUAACGAGGAAUACAUUCUGCGACGCAUGGCAGCGGCUGUGAGCACCGUUGGCUCUGUCGCCAAGGACCCGGUUGCCAUCCGCAAUCACCACCUUGCCAAGCUGCAGGCGUGGAGCGGCGUGCCCGAAUUUGACACCAAGGACCGCGAGGUGGCGGUUUGGUAUGAGGAGAACCGCCAACAGAUUAACGACAAGGUUGCGGCCCUCAAGGUCGAGGCCACACAAGCGCACAUUGCGGAGUUGUUGGUAGACAAGACGGCGUUUGAAGGUGUCCGGGCAGCGCUGAGCACGCUGCCUAUUGCAGAGAAGGAAGCUCUGCUGAAGCAACUUUCUUCAUAA